AAACGAGAAAGAAGAGGAGAUAGAUAACGAUCGCCGAUCGAGUAUGAGACAGGUGGAAAGGAAGCUCGGACGACAGUCGAACGUGCGUGAGUGCACCGAUAGGACGAGCGAGGAGAGUAUCGAGUCGCUAAGUACGAAGAGAGAGAGUUGGAAAGUAGGCUCUUAAGUCGUACGGUCAGUUCACGAUUGCUUCUGCGGACGAUCGCUCCUAGCAAUGAUCCCCGCUUUCUGCGUGCUCUUACUCUUCGGUCUAAGUCAUGUCGAAUCGAUGGAACUCCCAUCGAUAUUCGAGGUCGAAGAUUCGAUCAAUCGAACGGUCAGCGAAGUCGAAAGGUUGAUCAACGAAAAUCCAAGCUUGCCUCGACUGUCCCGAAGCGAUAUCGUCGAUAUUUUGUACAACAUCACGUCCAAGGAUUUGGAAGCAUACGGGAACGAGGAGAAGAUCGAGAAAGGACGGAAAAUGUAUCAGAGAGCUCUGAUGAUCGUUCUGCCCUACAAGGCAAGAGAAUCGUCGGAAAACUUAAAAGAUUUGUACACGAAACCGCCGAUAGUUCAAAUGAUAUCAGAUUCGGGCAGCGGUGAGCGUCUCGAAAUGGUCUUCAACGAUCGAUCGAAAGAAAAUGGUGGAUCGUCGGAAUCGAUCGAAAAUUUCGUCGAGAAGAAUCGAUACAAAAAUCAUCGAGAAAGUUAUUCGGACGUACGACCGGAGGUAUCGUCGAAGGAGGACCUGACUCCUGGAUCGGCACCGAUCAGAUUUAGUUUCAACCUGGACAACUUGGAGAACAAACCUCACACCGACCGAGAAGCGAAAUCGACGACGACCGUAGAUGCCGUUUUUCUGCCUACCGCCGCCGUUACUACCACGGACAAUUAUCGGGUUCGAGACAUCGAUCUGGUUCUCGAUACGAGGAACGACAACGAGAAAUCAAGUACCGAGGAGUUGACGAUCGAUCCGAACCCAUCCAAGCCGAAACAAGACGUUCUAUAUUCCGAUCAAUGGCGUUAUCACGCUCCGCCGCCUCAAAAUAUCCCCGAUGAAGAAGAGAUCGAGGAUCCGUCGGUCGUCCGAACGUCGCUCACGAAAUAUCCCGUAAUCGAGCGAGACGAGGUAUCACCGACGAUCCUCGUAAGCCCGCUCUCGUCGAAUUCGCAAACGUCCAAGUUCAAUACAACGUUGGUUCUGAAUUCCGGCGGAUUUCGUGGAGCAACGAGUACCGCGUCGACCGAGAGAACUCAUCGGACCGAACCGAUGAGGCAAGAAGUUAUGGACUUGUUAGCCUCGAUCGGUUUGCGCCCGCACAACGAAGGAAACGUCCAAGAUGUCGUCGAAGACGAAAAGAAGAACGUUUUCUACGACCGAUCGAGGAUUCCCAACGCGAACGGCGUAGCUCGUCCCCACGCGGCGUCUCUCGACGCCGAGACGACGUCCGACGGAGAUUCGGCGACGUCGGUCGAGGAUCAGGAUACCUUCCGAGAGACCGGUGCUUUCGAUUUGAACAAAGGUAUGGAGAAUUUAACGCCCGACGUGCGAUCGCUCUUUCAAAAAUUUGGCCUGCAAAGUUCCAACGAUCGAGGAUCCGCCGUAGCUGCUACCGUGACCACUCGCCGUACGCCUACGAAUUUGUACAAGAGCUUUAAGCCAUUGCCGACUUCGUCUAGCGUGCAAGACGAAGAGAUGAGAGAGUUUUUCGCGAGAUUUGGACUUGGCCUCAACAGGCAGCGCAAGGCCAUGAAGACCGAGAUUCCAUCGGUGAUCGAAGUCGUUCCCGUUAACAUGAGGACGAUAUUAGAAAAUAUCGGAUUGAUAUCGAAUUCUCGUAGGAAUUUCAAGAAUUCGAUCAAUUACACCUUGGAGGAGACCAAAUCCAAAUAUCACGUUUUCAAGCCACACGAAACGAUUUUUAAGGACGAUUAUCAGAGAUCGAAGAUCAAUGAAUUUUUAGAUACGGUUAAAUUGGUUCAACGAGGUAAAGCCGACGCCAAGGAUUUUCAAAAGGCCGCUACGGACUUGUUGGAGAAUACGAAGACUUUGUCCGGUGGUCCGGACCCUUUGAGUUUGGAGGAAAUCAUCAGAGUCUAUAACGAGGAUCUUAAAAACGAGGUGAAGAGACAGGAGGAGGAUGCUCGCGGCUCGACGAGCGAACGGAAUUCUACGGAAUCGAGCACGACCACCGACACCGAAACGACCGAAGAAUCGACGACGACAUCGGAUUUUGCGAGAGCUCCCGUCGAAUCGAAUACGGCGACGGAAACGACGACGUCCGCGACGACAACGUCGACCACAACGAAUAGAAAUUUAUUAGACUUAGAAAGUUCAUUCGGUGGAAGUACGCGAGCACCGGAUCCUGUUCUACCAGCCAAAAGAAAAACUGGCUUAUACUUUUUGGUAGAUUGGAACACGUUUCUCGAAGUCGGCGAGGAAGGUAGCGAGAAGAUCGAUUUAAGGUUCCAACCAAAGGCUGGCGACAGGUCAAGGUUUUUGCCGGUAACUGUACCUUGACUACGAACGAGAGAGAGAAAGAGAGAGAAAGCGUUAUAUAACACGAGUGAAAUGGACGCGUUAUAUGGCACAUUGCUUAGAAAGUAUCUCUUUUAUUUAUUAUACACGAUGAUCGUUAAUAACCGCUCGAUUAUGCAACAUUGUAUAUAAGAAAGAGAUUAUUUUAUCGUAUUUAUAUAUAUAUAUAUCCUUUGCGUAAACUUUAUAUUAAAUCGAAUAUCUUAAGACUAUUACGG